AACCAAUUGAAAAGUCUACAUUCAACUGAAGAAAAUGAAGUUUUUUUUAUUCUGUACAUUUUUGUCACUUUUCCUUUUAGUCAAGUCAAACAAUGAUACAGAAGGUGUAACAUUCGCCUCGGUUGUGAAGAAAUUUUAUGAAAAAGCAAUGGCCAACGGAAAUGUUCACAUGCAACAUGAAUUGGAUUUCAUCAUCAAAAUUUCCAACAAUGCUGAUAAUCUUAAAAACAAGUUCGAACCUCUUGUCGAAGAAUUCAUGGAUAAAGGGAAACUAAAAGAAGUUAUAAAAAAGCUUCCCAAUGGCCAGAAAAUUAACGGAGUCUUUGUUCCUGUAUAUUUCAAUGAACAAUUUAAAUUGAUCAACAGCCAACGUACAUCAAAAAUUAAGGAUUUGGUCCAUAAAAUCGAUACAGAAAUCACACUUCAGCCUCGUCAUGUAAAAGCGAAAGGAUACAAUUAUGAAAAAUUGAACAAAUAUUUCGUUGAAUGGAAACAAAAACCCAAACAUGUUGAAGUCGUAAAAAAUAACAUUCAAUCUAUGGAAACGAAAUACAAUACACUGAAAACAGAAUUCGAUGGUGAGAUUAACGCAAUAAGUCAGUUAAUUGAAACUAUAAAGACUGAGGUUGAUUCAGUCAACAUGUCCUUUGGUAAACUUUCACAAGCACAAAAAACUAAUGAUAAAAUGGACAUUUUCAGAGAAUCUAAACCCACCAUAGCUACAAUUUCUCAGAAUCAAUCAAACUUAAUUGAACUGCUACAUAGGACAUUAAAGACUCUAAAGGCCUACAAUGAAUAUCGUAUUGUAUGGGCUGAGUACAUAGUCGGAGUGAAGGAAUCACUUCCAUAAGUAUGAAAACUAUUGGAAUCACCACAAGAAUCAUGUGCGAAAAAGACAAUUAAUGAAACUGUAUUCUCAAAUUAUCAGAAAUAAAUAGUCGAAGAUA